ACUCCCCUCUAUAAGAGUUUCCGUCUACGACCAGAUACCCAGACCUCCACUCACGCCACUGCUUGACUACUUCUGCCUUUGCCCUCAUCGGCUACCCAAGAAAUUUUAUCAUCAAACAACCCCCAUGGAUAAAGGAAAAACCAAAAAUAUUGGUUUGGAUCAUUCUGAAGACUCCAAGGAUAAGCCUUUCACCAUAAGGGGUUAUGUUGCUGAAAUGAAGAAAAAGAACCCAGAAUUGUGUUCACCAUUUACUCCAACAAUAUCAAAGAAGAAGAGAAGUCCAGAAUUGUGUUCACCAUUUGCUCCAAUAUCAAAGAAGAUAAAAAGUGAAGAAUUAUGUUCACCAUUUGAUCCAGUACCAAAGAAGGAGCCAAAUCCAGUUGAUGAGAAACAACCUACUCCAACAGAGAAACCAGCAGCCAGCGGAAAUGAAAUAGCAUGAGUGUUAGAUUGAUUUCGUAAAUUACUAGUCUCCAAUUUCCUAAAUUUAAUUUCUAAAUUUUUAUUUUUUUUUCUAUUAAACACUUAGAUUGCUAUCUUGUUAUUUGGA